AGCUUCAUUAGGUUUAGGGUUUCCGGAGCCGCUUUUAAAACUAUUCUCCUCUUCGUAGCUGCGCUUGUCGCCGCAAGUACCUCUCUUUGCUGUUGAUUCUCUCUCUCUCCUUCCAUCGACAAACAUGGGUAAGACAAGGGGAAUGGGAGCUGGGCGCAAGCUCAAAAGGCUUAGGAUUAAUCAGAGGUGGGCUGACAAGCAGUACAAGAAGUCCCAUCAAGGUAAUGAGUGGAAGAAGCCUUUCGCUGGCUCUUCCCAUGCCAAGGGCAUCGUUCUUGAGAAAAUUGGUAUUGAGGCUAAGCAGCCUAACUCUGCUAUCCGUAAGUGUGCUAGAGUCCAGCUUAUCAAAAACGGAAAGAAGAUUGCCGCUUUUGUCCCCAACGAUGGUUGCUUGAACUACAUUGAGGAAAAUGACGAGGUGUUGAUCGCUGGAUUUGGUCGUAAGGGUCACGCUGUGGGAGAUAUUCCCGGAGUUAGGUUCAAGGUUGUCAAGGUUUCUGGUGUUUCACUCCUUGCCCUCUUCAAAGAGAAGAAGGAGAAGCCUAGAUCAUAGACAAUGCGCCAAGCUUUUGCAUUCAUUUUGAUGUUAUAAAUCACUUUUUGCUAGUUCAGUUUCAAAGAAUACUAUCUUUAUCUUCUCUACUUUAAGCAAGAACAUGGUGUGAUGAAACGUAUUUUUCUUAAUGAAUCUUUGAGUUUAGCUUC